CCCUCUGGAGAGAGAGAGAAAGAGAGAGAGUGAGAGAGAGAGAGAUAGUGUGUGUGCAUGUGUGUGUAUGAGAGAGAGUGUGGAGGAGUACAGCUAUGCAAGGACCGUGUCGUGGAGUUAUAUUGCCAUUACGCACGAUUACGCACUGACAGCUACUUUCAAGUGGAAAAGCGCUCAGCGGUGAGAAGCGGAAUCUUUGAUUUCUCAGAUAAACAGGAAGAAGAACAAAGUUUUCAUCAACAUUCAGCCAAUUUCCAGCAGAACAGCUUGAUCUUCAGAGCAGAGUCCAGCUGCCAUUCAUCCGCACAGGAAUGGUGGAUCACUUGCCGCUUGGUGAGGAGACCUUCCUGUUUUAUACCGGCUCCCCGGGGUCUGACUACAAAUGCCUCUGCUGCCACGCCAGUGGUAGUGUGUCGCCCGGCAUUAUGGUUACUGAUGCAUGUAUCUACCAUCACCACCACCCCUACCAAGGGGUGACACUCUCUUCCUCGCCUCGCCUGUCUGAGGAUGACCUCAGCGACUCCUCCAGCCCUCGUUCCUCCCUCUGCUCCAGCCCUGAGUCCUCGUCACAGACAUCACAGCAUGUGCUCAGCUCAAGCUAUGAAAGCAGGAGCAGCAGGAGCAGUGGGAGCUCUUCAGGAGGAGAGAGUCAAGACAGCCUGCUGGACCUCCUCCUCUCACAGGCCUCCCUCACCACCUCAUUAAACUAUAACGCCAGCAGCAGCUCUCUCUCCUCUCCUCUGUCUUCCUCUCUGUCCCUAUCCUCCUCACCUUCCUCUUCCUCCUCGUCUCCCACUGCCCCCCUUGUACCCAUGGGCCUGGCCUGGGAGUCCAAGAGGGAGCAGCGGCUGAGUCUCCUCCAGCAGCAGGCCAAAGAGGACUGUUAUGAGUUCCCUGUCUUCUUGGACGAGCUGCAGGAUCCUGCAGCGCUCCUCUUUCAGCCCACCCUGGAGGAGAUUGAGGAGUUCCUGGAGGAGAACAUGGUGGUGGCAAUGGAGAAAGAAGAGGAGGGGAGCGAUGAAGAGAUGUCACCAAUGCUGGAGGACGCUGAGGCGGAAAGUACAAGGACAAUAGCAGGGGAAUUCAUAUCAGUGUCGCAGAACUCAGAUCAGACUGUGCCCGUGGCUCAUUCUCCACUGUCCUCCUACACAGAGACCAAAUAUACACCAUGUGCCUCUGACAUGGACAGCUCAUCAUCAACAGUGGAUGCUAGUUGUAUAGCUAGCACUAGUUCUUCUUGUAGUGGAGUUGAUGGGAUCAAACAGGAGGACUGUGAAUCACCGUCAGCCUCAACAGAAGGUACCAGUGCUGCCUCCAGUGUGCCUGUCAUCUUACAAAUCCAGCCCAUACAGAUCAAACAAGAGCCCAACCCCAGUGCCAUAUCAGAUGCUGUCACCCAGCAGGCCCAACCCCAGAAAACCCAAUCCCCACCAACUCAGGCCCCAUCGGAUAUCAAAAUCGCCCAGCUCCUGGUCAACAUCCAGGGGCAAACCUUUGCCUUGGUGCCUCAGCUGCUUUCCCCAGCAAACAUUACUAGCACAAGCAAAAAUGGAAGCACUGGUUCAUCCAAAUUUGUCCGUAUCGCGCCGGUACCUAUUGCCGCCAAACCCAUAGGGCUUGGGGAAGGCGGGUUAGGCGGAGGUUCGGCUGCAGGGGUGCUCGCUGGAGGUCAAAGGUACCAGAAGAGUGCAGUAGCAGACCUUAUUAAAAUGCACAAGUGCUCUUUUCCUGGCUGUAACAAGAUGUACACCAAGAGCAGCCACCUUAAAGCUCACCUGAGGAGGCACACGGGGGAGAAGCCCUUCGCCUGCACAUGGCCCGGCUGUGGAUGGAGGUUCUCCCGAUCGGAUGAGCUGUCCCGACACCGACGCUCCCACUCCGGAGUGAAACCAUACCAGUGCAUCGUCUGCGAGAAGAAGUUUGCCCGCAGCGAUCACCUGUCGAAACACCUCAAAGUCCACCGCUUUCCACGAAGCAGCAGGACAGGACGCUCUGCAAACUGACCCCUCUGACCCCACUCUGACAGACUGACGCUAAGCGGGGAGGGAGGAGGAGGGUGGGUGUUCCUGUAUGUGUGUGUGUUUGUGACGAAAGACAGAGGAGGGGGGUGAAAGUCCAAACACCCUUUAAAGGAGUCCGUGCAGGACUCUUUUGCUCGUGUGUGUUUAUGUUCAAAUAUGUACGCGUGACGUACAUUCAUGGUACUGUGAUAAUUUAUUAGGUGGCGAGGAAAAGACUGUAAAAACUAAACUAAAACAGAAAACUGUUACUUGACACAACAGCCUCACAGGUGGAAUAAGCUUCUUGUAUAUUACAACUUUUUUGUCUCACUCAAAUCUUUUAGCUAUUCUAAUUUGAAGAAAGAGUAUUUUUACACUUUGAGGUGUGUGGUAUUGUUAAUGUUGGAGUCAAAAGCCUUACAUCAGUAAAAGGGGUCUGAUACUAUUUAAAACCCUCAGUGAUUUUUUACCUUCCUGGAGCCAAAUGUUGUUGAAAGGUAAUAUUAGCAAAAACUAAUUUCUUAAUGUCUUGAAAUUAAUUUGUUGCCCAGCAACAAGAGCUUACUGGACGUUGUAUUAAGGAAUAUUGGGAACUACUGGGGGCCUUGGUUUAAUUCUUUCUUCAUAGACAGAAAAGUAAAUAAUGCAUCAACAUUCCUUUAGCUUUGAAUAAAUCUCUUUGUUUCCUUUGAGUUUAAUUACAGAGCAGAAUCACUGUAGUAACCUCAAACAGAAGAACAAAGCUCAAGUUUAUGUUGAAUUACUCCUCACCACCAAGAUCAUGUCUCUAUAUAAUUUGCACUGGCACACAUGAAAUUUCCGGUUAUCUGCCCAUACUGUGUAGAAUUUUAUACCAUUGUGAAUCAUUGUUCUGCAACACCUUUUUUGUUUCAACUGGUGAAAAGACUUGUCAUCAGAAUAUGUGUUUUUAUGGCCUUCAAAACCGAUUUGGGUGCAGCUUCACGCUAGCUUCAGCUCACGAUAUGUUGCUUCUUUGCAUCAUGAAAGUGAGACAACAUUUGUCUUCUGGUUUUGUAAUUUUCUCUUUAGAUGUUAGCCCUAUCAUUUAUUACUUCAUGUCACUUUAAUGACUUCAUGUCACUGCUGUCAAAGAAGUAGUAAAAUAAUACAACACGGUAAACUGCAAAGAGGCACAAGGGAAGGCUGGUAACUGAUGCACACUGGUCUUGAAUAUAUCAAAUCUCUUGCCUCUUCAAAUCACCAAAGCAAGUCUCUUUUCUUUGCUCUUUUUCCCAGAUUAACAUUUUACACAUGAUAGGAAAUGAAAUGAAAAGAUUAACAACUGGAAUUUUUGUGCCCGUUGCCCUUUCAUUAAUAACAAAUUCACCCCAGACCAUGAAAACAAAUGUCUUGUGCGAUUAUGUAACUUUAUAAUCUUAACCUUAAGAUUAUAUAAUGGUUUCCGCUGUUGCCACAAGUGGCAAUUACAGAAUGAUGGUAAAUAAUAAAACUGACUCAGUAAUGUCAGUUCCACAGCAAUAUCUAUGUAAAGUUUGCUAAUAUUAGCCAAUAUUAGCUACAAUAAGCUACUAGUCAUAUCAGAGGUUGUAGCAGGAAAACCCCUGAGUGUAUUGAAUUGAGAAAGGGAGUGUUUGAAUUAAACUUUUCAUUUGUAAGAUAAUGAAUGUGCUAUGUCUUCUUUUAAAAGUUACAUAGACUCGCUUUAAUAUUUGGAAUGUUUUGGGUGUCAAUGGAAAAGGAGCCUCAGUUAGCUCCCAUUUGAGCCUCUCCUCUUACCAAAUCAAAUUUUUGUUUUUUCUGUUUUUCCCCUCACAUUAAUUUCAAUCCAGAUUAAUAUAUUUACAUGUCGAAUGAAAUGAACAUAUUUACAUAUCAAAUUUAACUGGUAUUUUUUGUACUUGUUACCCUUUACUGGAAAUGCAUACCGUUAUAGCAUCAAAUAACAAAUUCAUAGGAAAUCUUUAUUAAUCCCUUUCAUUUACUUUGGUCUAAUGUGACUUGUUACAACAUAUUCAACAAAGGUUAAUAGAGAAGUGAAAAGCACCCAGAAAACACUAUUAUCUGUCCAUGAUCUUGAACAUAUGAAAUCUCUUGCCUUUGUCUUUGUACUGUAAGGGAACAGUGACUCUUUUGCUUUUCAUUACAUUACAUUUACAUGUAUAGAUUUCUUUAUUCUGUGUUUUGCAUCUCAGUUGAAUGAAACCAAAUGAAUCAUGGUGGGGGAGGGGAGGACAGAAAAUGCCUACUGCACAGAGUUCAGAGAUGGUUUUCUUUGCCAUAAGGUCGAAGCUAAGGACAACAUUAAGUAUUGUAAGGUUUGAAAGGAAUGUAUCACUUUAAAAUGGAUUUUGGUUGUUUUUGGAUAUGUUUGAUUUGCUGAAACCUACAAUGACUGACAAACCCUUUUGGUGCACAGCACAUGAAUGAGACGCUGUAUGGGGAAAGUGUAUUAUCUCUGCCAGGCAUUCCUUCCAUAGCUACAAUCAGAAAAGACACUUUUCUGAGUGGGUGUUUUAUGUGAACCCAUGAAUGUAUGUAAAUACUGUAUGUGCAUUUGGAAGGAGAACUGAAAUAUUCUUCUAGUGAUUUCUGUGAUUGUGAACAUUUUUUAAAAAUAUGUAAAGAAAGUGUACAUAACACGAUAAUUCAAAUAUAUAUAGUGUAAAAAUAUGGCAACUUUUUUGUCAGGUGUUUACAUGACACAUCAUUAAAAUAGCUCAUGAAAUGUUUCAUGAUUCAUCCAUGGAUCAGCAUUCGAAAAAUAAAUACUUAUUAUGUAACAAUUUUGUGACUUGCACAUGUUUUGACAAGUGCAAAAUGCAGUAAAUGCAUCAUGUUUUGUGAAACGGUCUGUUUUAAAUGUGCUCUGUAAACACUUAACACAAAAAGAGUUGCUACAAAUGUUAUAUUUUUGCUUUUGUUCUUUUAUGUAAAACACAUUUACAAUAAAAAU